AUGUUGUCUGAAACCCAGACGCGCUCACUAGUGAGUUUCAGGAAUUACAAUCUGACAAGCAGUGAAGACAGAAUGGGGCUCAAUGGUCAGCCACCAUUAGUCUCAAUGGAAACAUUAUCUGGUCUGUUUUUUUUUGCAUUAGAUGAGAUGCAUGGUCUGUGCCAUGGAAUUGGUAAACAGGUAUGGGAACUUGUACGUGAAGAGUAUGAACUCAAGCAUCAUAUAUGUCUUUCUCUUGCCACUCAAAGGGAGAUUGGUACUGUAAUUGUAGCUAUAAAAUUUGCGAUCUCUAAAUUGUUGCAUGGUGCCUCAAGAGACAUGACAAAGAAUGCCAGUUUUUUUAAAGCUGUGAAUUGGGCAAACUUUUUACUCUUUGUUGUCCCCACGUUAGUUGCAGAGUGUGUCCAGAACUUGGUUGCCCAAAAUAAUCUUGUAAAAUGGAACUUAUUUCUAGAGAGUCUUCUUUCUACAGCAGAUAUUGACAUUGGCGUGUUCACAAUUAACCAGCACAUUAUUCAGCAUUAUCUCAAGAUGGUUGACCUAUAUGCCAGUGUCAAUACUGAAAACAUCAUGAUCAGACUGGCGCAAUUUCAGAGUGUAGCAGAACUGACAACAGUUGCAAGCACAAAAACUUUACCAGCCAAUCUUUUAGCUUACAGUGCAUGUUGUGUUGGUUGA